AUGGGCGACCCGAGCACCGCCAGGGCCACCCCGCUCCUGCUGCUGCUGCUGCCGCUCCUGCCCAGCGCCGCGCCGGCCGAUGCCGCCUCAGGUGCCUGUGUCUACCACGGCUUCUCCUUUGAGAAUAACACGUUCUGGAAGGCAGAUUCUUGCCAAGACUGCCGAUGUCGGAGCAGCGUCGUCACCUGUGAGCCUACAGCCUGCAGAGCCCCUCAGUGUGACUUCCAGAAGGGAGAAGUUCUUCAAAUAGCCUCCAACAAGUGCUGCCCUGAAUGUGCCUCCCGAGCCGAAGGAUUUUGCCAGCACGAAGGACAGAUCCACAGUCACGGCACGGAAUGGGCCAGCUCGGGAUGUGUCCGGUGCUCCUGUGCCCACGGGAAGGUGACCUGCAGCCCCAGGACCUGCCCUGCCCUCACCUGUGCACAAGGGGAGCUGCAGGACACUGCCCAGGGCUCCUGCUGUCCCAAAUGUGUGGGCCCUGGUGAGCCUUGCUCCUUCGAUGGCCACAUGUUCCAGGAUGGUGAGGGCUGGAGCCUGGGUCGGUGCUCCAGAUGUGUCUGCAGGAAUGGGACAGCUCAGUGCUCCACAGCUGCCUGCCAGCCUCUGCUCUGCAGCCAGGAGGAAAUCAUGGUUCUGUCUCCUGGAAAAUGCUGCCCAGAGUGUGUCCCAAAGCCCUGCUCGGUGUUGGGAAGAACCUUCCAGCACGGGGAGCAGUGGAAAAAAAAUGCCUGCACUGCAUGUGUGUGUCAGAGAGGGGAAGUGAGAUGUGUGAGGGAGACCUGUGACUCUGUCACCUGUGAGCAGGGGGAGAAGAAGGUGCAGCGCCCUGGGAAGUGCUGUGAGGAGUGUGUGUCUUCCAAAGGGAGCUGCUUGGAUGGUGGCACCACCAGGUACCAUGGGGAGAUGUGGAACAGCACCCACUGUGACUUCUGCGUGUGCCAGGAGGGCCAAGUCACCUGCCAGGCAGCUGAGUGUGCCAAAGUGGAGUGUGCCAAGGGUGAAGAAUUAAUUCACUUAGAGGGGAAGUGCUGUCCUGAAUGUAUCUCCAGCCAUAGUUACUGUAUUUAUAAAGGACAUACCAAAGCUGUGACGGGGACAGCUGGGCCGAGGGGCCGUGCCGGGAGUGCCAGUGCCGGGAUGCUGCCGUCACCUGCUUCCAGCGCUCCUGCCCGCCCUGCCCGCGGGGCAGCCGGCCUCGGGAGGCCAAGGGACACUGCUGUCCUCGCUGCCAGCCAGGCCUCAGAUCGCUGUGACUCCUGCCAGGACCCCAGGAAGUGGCUGCAGGACGGGCGCUGUGUGGAGAUGUGUGAGCAGGGCUUCUACCAGCACGGGGGGGCCUGCUUAGCCUGCAAUGAAACCUGCUCAGCCUGCACCAAUGGAUUUGAGUGCUCCUCAUGCCAGCCACCCCUGCUGCUGCAGGACGGGCAGUGUGUGACUUCCUGCGGCAAGGGCUACGUUCAGGAUCAGCUCCUCUGCACAGGUGUUAAUGUUCACCCUAGAGAGUAA